AUGACUUCAGCUUUCAAUGAUGACACUGCGUCACUAAAUCAGAGCUUUCACUAUGAGAAUCUGACUCAUAGCUAUACGGUCAAAUGGUGUUCGCUAGGCGACCCUGCCUCUCCGCCCCUUAUUCUCAUCCAUGGAACACCCUGGUCCUCCCGUCUUUGGGUACCUUUUGCUCUCUCUCUAUCUCGACAGUUUCAUGUCUAUCUGUUUGAUAGGCCUGGUUUCGGAGCCUCUCCUCCGGAGCGCAAAUUCCUUGGCGCAACUACCAGCUCUAAUAAAGUUGUUGAGCUUGACGCUGACCUUGCCCGACAAUCAGAGGUCUACGCUGCGCUUUUUCAGUUGUGGCAAUCAGACUGGGGUAAUCACAAGCCCCACGUCAUAGCACAUGAUAAUGCUGGCUUGCUCAGUUUGCGAGCAUACCUGCUGCAUGACUGUCACUAUGCAAGUCUCUGCCUUAUUAAUGUGGUUGCAAUUGGACCAUUUGGACAAUCCCUAUUCAAGACUGUUGCCGAUGACCCCCAUCACUUCGAGCAGCUCCCUGGCAUUGCAUUUGAGGGUAUAUUAGAAGGCUACAUCCGGAAUGCCGCCUUCUAUGAGCUAUCAAAGGAGACUAUGCAGAUGCUAAAGUCGCCUUGGCUUAGAGAGGGCGGGAAAGAGGGAUUCAUACGGGAGCUAUGCCAGGCUAACUCAAGAUCCACGGAAGCAGUUGAAGGACGAUAUGGGGAAGUCGGGUCGCAGUUGCCAGUCAAGAUUAUUUGGGGUGCCGAGGAUAAUUGGAUACCGGUAGAGAGCGCAUGGAGGCUGGGAAUCGCGCUGAAGGCUAAGGAGGUCGUGGUCAUUGAGAAAGCAGGCCAUCUUAGCAUGCUUGACCAGCCAGCACAAGUUGGAGUUGAGCUGGGGAUGUGGCUAAUUUCUGUUUCCAAGCGAAGUUAA